AUGGACAAGACUGACUACGCCGCAGACCAGUACGGUCGCCCAGAUACAUCCCAAGUCCCUGGCACUGGCGUUGCUAUAGGCCCUGGGACACAAGGCGGUAUACAUGCCAGUGAGCUAGGCAGUGACCGAUCUGGGACAAAGACAAACGAUUUUACCAGUGGCAUUGAGGGAACCCAAGCUGCUCACAGUUCUUACAAUACUGGUCAAAAAUCUGAGAGCGAUUAUCAUCAUCAUCCUCACACUCAGAGGGCCAGUGUGGGGGGCCGUGAAGGAAAUCCUCUGGCAUCUGGCGAAUCCCCCAACGAUUCUCUACGGAAUGAUGUCACGAGUAGGGACUACCAUGGCAGUUCACCAAGUAUUGUCAAUACUUCUUCUUUGAGCGGGCGUCACCGGGAUGACAAUGAUACGCUUGGACGUUCCGCCGAGCAUGUCCCACGUUCGUCUGCGACCGAGUCGACUGCCCAUGGGCUUGGUAGCCACACUUCUAAUUAUUCAAGUACUGGCAAUACCAAAGACACAAAUGCCCUGGGCAGUGCAACUGCGACGCCUCAGCAACAAACAAUGGCCGGGCACAAGAAUCCAUCCGUGGUAGCCGCCAGUCAGCCAACCACACAUGAGACUGGCUCGAUGCUCGACGUCGGUGAUGUGCCGGUACACUCUGCACACCACUCUUCCAGUCACAACCCGACUCAUACAUCCAAUCAGGACCCCACCACCUCAGGCCAUGAUGGUAACAAGGCCGGUUCCCACACUGCACGAGAUGGGGCAGGCAUGGCCACCGCUGGUGCAGUUGCGGCUUAUGCUGCCCACCACCAUAAUCAGCAUGAUUCAAGAUCAUCUACCUCCAAACCCACUGGCUCUGGAAUUGACCCUACAGAUUCAGACCCUCGAGCUGGACAAACAAGCAUCGACAGGAAUGGGUCGCGUCAAUGUCAUCAAAACGAGCGGGACGAUUCCAGUGCUCUGCACCAUGGUACCCCUGCUGUAGGCCAGGAUGACCGCCUCGACACUGCUCGCUCAGGUCAUGGAGAUCAUAGAUCUCGAGAUGCUGCACUGGCAUUUGGUGCUGGUGCUGCUGCCUAUGGUACUCACGAGCAUGAGCAACACAACAAGAGAUCAGAAACUUCUGCAUCACAACCAAUUGGAUCUGGAACUGAUCCCACUCACGCAGAUCCUAGGACUGCUGUUGGCACUACGGGAAGUACAUACCACGACCCGCAGUCUGGUAAUGCGGACCAUAGGUCCCGAGAUGCCGCACUUGGCGCUGGCGCCGCAACCGGAGUAGCUGCCUAUGGCAUGCAUGAAUAUAACAAGUACAAGGAACCGUCUGCCUCGCGGAAGCCUGUCGGGUCCGGGGUCGAUUCGACUCACUUAGAUUCCAGGACUUCUCCAAGCGGCGAUCAUCGUGAUCCCCAGUCCGCUUCUAGGGAUCAUAUCGGAAACGAUGCUGCAAUCGCGGGUGCUGGCGCUGCCGGUGGCUACACCGCCUCUCGUCUUGCACGACACCACAAUGAACCAUCCAUCGGUCAGCGCGGUGAGGGCAUGUCUGAUGAAUCGCAGCGAGCUGGAGUUGAUCGUGGCACCUAUGGGCAACCAUCAACGGCCAGUGCUGCAACCCACGUGCCCUCGACGACUGCUCACACUCAAGGACAGUACAAUACACUUCCCGGCGGUACACCUUCAGGCAUUGCGGUCAAUGCUACUUCCGCGAAUCGCAAUGAACCAACAACUACUCAAGGUGCUCCUCGCACCACCGGUAUCAGUAGUGGUUCUGCUGGACGUGGUGACAAUGAGCCGUACUAUAGUCUUUCUUCGGGAACACCAUCCGGGAUCGCCCCGAGUGACCAGCAGAGGGGCAGUGGCGUCAGUGCCAACAACUAUCAGACCCCCUCAAGCCAUGGUCAAAUUUCGGGUGUUGGUACAGGUUUGAAGGCCAGCGCCGCUGCAGCUGCGGAACAGCUCCGGUCUACUGGUCGAGUUACCCACCGGUGCCAGAAUUGUCACGAGGAUAUGGACAUUAGCAAACAUUUUAUUAGCAGCCAGUAA